AGUUAGCUAAAGCGUGUGCAGUAGGCAAUGGAGCUUGACAGCAGCUUGAAUGUGUGUAAGAGAGUCUGAAUAAGGUGCCUGUCAAGGGGGUUAUCAUAGGACUACGCGUAUCAAAAAAAUGCCGAACAAGUCGAGAAAAGAUAAGGAGACAUCAAAGUCUGUGAGAUCCAGCAAAAGUGGGAGCAAACACCAAGACAACCAAGACUCAGAAAAUGAGGCAUCCUAUAAGAGAAGUAGCAGCAGUGCGCCCCCUACUGCCCAACUAAUCCGGGUGAAGCAGCCUUCUUCCCAGGUUGCGCUGAAGAAGGAAAGUAGGCAGAGUGCCUCCUGCUUCCCUAUCAGCAACAACAGAGAGCUGCACAAGCUACCAGCUUUCAAAGAUGUAGCCCCAGCUGAGCAGGAGAAGCUGUUUAUUCAGAAGCUACGGCAGUGCUGUGUGCUUUUCGACUUUGUGUCGGACCCCUUGAGUGAUCUGAAAUGGAAGGAGGUAAAGCGGGCAGCACUCAGUGAGAUGGUGGAGUACAUCACCCACAACCGCAACGUCAUCACGGAGCCCAUCUAUCCAGAGGUGGUCCACAUGUUUGCUGUGAAUAUGUUCAGGACAUUACCUCCAUCAUCCAACCCAACUGGUGCAGAGUUCGAUCCUGAGGAGGAUGAGCCCACACUCGAAGCUGCUUGGCCACAUCUCCAGCUCGUCUAUGAAUUCUUUCUAAGAUUUUUAGAAUCACCAGACUUUCAGCCAAAUGUUGCCAAGAAAUAUAUUGACCAGAAAUUUGUGAUGCAGCUUCUGGAGCUGUUUGACAGUGAGGACCCCAGAGAGAGAGACUUCCUGAAGACCACUUUGCACCGCAUAUAUGGGAAGUUCCUGGGAUUGCGAGCAUACAUUAGGAAACAAAUCAAUAACAUAUUUUAUAGGUUCAUUUAUGAAACAGAGCACCACAAUGGAAUAGCAGAAUUACUGGAGAUUCUUGGAAGUAUAAUCAAUGGUUUUGCCUUACCAUUAAAAGAAGAGCACAAGAUUUUCCUGCUGAAGGUUUUACUGCCUUUACACAAAGUCAAGUCACUUAGCGUUUAUCACCCACAGUUGGCAUAUUGUGUGGUGCAAUUCCUGGAGAAGGACAGCACACUUACUGAACCAGUAGUGAUGGCCCUUUUGAAGUACUGGCCAAAGACACACAGCCCUAAGGAGGUGAUGUUUCUCAAUGAGCUAGAAGAGAUCCUGGAUGUGAUUGAGCCGUCUGAGUUUGUUAAAGUGAUGGAACCUCUAUUCCGACAGCUGGCCAAGUGUGUGUCCAGUCCACACUUUCAGGUAGCAGAAAGAGCUCUUUACUACUGGAACAAUGAGUACAUAAUGAGCCUCAUCAGUGACAAUGCAGCCAAAAUCUUACCCAUCAUGUUCCCAGCAUUAUACCGCAACUCUAAGACUCACUGGAACAAGACCAUCCAUGGCCUGAUUUAUAAUGCUCUGAAGCUUUUCAUGGAGAUGAACCAGAAGCUGUUUGAUGACUGCACACAGCAAUUUAGAGCUGAAAAGAAUAAAGAGAGAGCAAAGUUAAAAGAACGGGAAGAGGCCUGGAUUAAGAUCGAAAAUCUUGCCAAAUCAAACCCGCAGUUCCUUAUGUAUGUUGAUUCCUCUGGCCUAAAUAGCCCUGUAGAAAUGGAGACUGAUGGGCCAUUGAUAGAAGAUAUUCAGAUGUUAAAAAAGACUGUAGAGGAGGGAGCCAUUCAGAUGCAGAGGGAGCAGCGGAAGGACCGGCCGCUGGUGAGACGCAAGUCCGACCUGCCUCAGGACAUGUACACCACGAAAGCCUUGGAGUCGCACCGUCGAGCCGAAGACAUGAUCAGCAACCAUGAUGGCCGCUAGCUUCACCCCCCUCUUCCUGAGUCUUCUUUGUUCGCCUCUAAACACAGCUCAUUCAGCAAACUGGUGCGCCUUGCUGUGGUGGGGCACGCACCACUCUCCCCCAAGUCAAAAGUUUGGAUUGCUCAGGUUUUUAUUUGAAAGGUAUGGGGCCAACAUCAAGGCUUUCUCCUGCCCUGUCCUUCUUUGUGGCUUCCCCCUCCCGCAUACUGCAGUUCUUCAAGCCUAUGUGUUGUUCCUCUCCAUCCUGUCUGCACACCUUGACCAUGGCAGAAGCUCCUGUUGCUUCUGGCUGGGUGAGGGCUGGUCGUGAAAACACCCAAGGAGGUGCCUCCUUGGUUCUGCUUUGGGGUUUUUUGUUUGUUUUUUUUCCAAAGGGAACACAGAAUGUCUAGAGACUGCUUGCAAGGACAGUAUUCUGUCAUAUUCUUUUCCCAUCAAUGGCUUCAUCAUCUCUUUUUCUUGGAAACCCAGGGACAGUUACCAGUGCCAAGACCAUCAUGAACAGCUUUCCGUUACCAUUUCUUAUUUUUGUCCAUCUUUAUUAUUGUGUGAGUGCAUUUUUGUGCCAUAAGAAACUUUUAAUAUUUAGUUAACCACAUAACAGAUUUCUUGUGGCAAUAUUAACCAUUCACAAUGGGAUAUUGAUGGUUCAAACAAUGGUACCAUUUUUCUUUUCAGAAAUGUGUCCAUCAGUUAAGCUUAGAAUUGAAACAUGCAGUUUAUUAUACUUUUGUGUAAAUACACUUUAAUCUCAAGUCAUGUUUAUUUGGGUGGUGCACAUUAGUCACCAACUUUUUAAGUGAAAGUAAGCUGUCAGUUCAGCAGGGAAUUGGCUUGUUUCCAUAGUGAUAGCUAUAUGUAAGUGCUGCUUUUUACUGUACAUUCCUCAAGUUACUGCACCUUAAUCUCAAAGAGCACACCCCAUUAUCCCAUUGCUUUUUAUUUGUUAUUUACCCAGCUAACAGCAGUACCAUAGAGCAACCUCCAGAGGAAGCAAAAUAUUACCAAGAGCAUGUACAACAUGUUUGGGAAUUAACCUGGGCCCAAAAUAGCUGUAACAUUGAUAUUGUCUUAAAUAUUAAAGAAUGUGUUCAAAAUGAUGAUCAUGUCACAGACAUUGUGUAGCAAUGUGCUUAGCUUCUUACAUUGCUAAAAUGUCCGUUACUAGCUCAAAGGCUCUAUUCAUAGUAACACCACUGAGCUUUCUGAGAGAGCUGUGUUGUCAAAAUGCCAAUGGCUAAUAUAAUCUAACAUACACCCAUGUGUUUGAUUAUCCCCUCCAUCUCAUUGAAAAUUGGCCCUAUUUUCUAUCUCUUGGUCUGUUCUUAACUGUCCAGAACCGUAAGGACUGUUAUUUUCAUCGAGAGGUUGGAAACACACUUGUCCACCCCUUUUCAGACACAUCCGAGUGCCUUUGUGACUGGUGCGUUGGAGACAUAUGAUUUACAGAUUUGAUGACGGGGAGUGAUGGCUGUGAGUGAAUUACUGCUGUUCUAUAAGAGGUUCUGAAUGUGGCAUACUUGGAUGAAUGCAUGCAUUCUACUGCAAAUGAUAACAGACACAGGCACAUUCAUGAAAAAACAUACCCAUGUGAGGAUGACAUAUUGAUUGUGGUUUGUUUUUGUUUUUUUUCAGAAGCGAAUAAAUUCCUGUUAUUUUAUAAAUUGUAUUCAACUACCUAGAAGCACUUCCUGAAAACUUGAAAGCUGUUCAGUUUUGUUUGUGAGUGGGUGUGCAUGGGUAUGUAUAUAGGUAGUAAAGAGGUGUGUGUGUGUGUGUGUGUGUGUGUGUGUGUGUGUGUGUGUGUGUGUGUGUGUGUGUGUGUGUGUGUGUGUGUGUGUGUGUGUGUGUGUGUGUGUGUGUGUGUGUGUGUGUUCGUUCGUUCGUUCAUAGCAUGCUCAUAAGUAUAUUGUGGCAGUCUGUACAUUUUUAUGUAGAAGUCUUUCUGUACCAUUGUUUGAACUUACAUUUAUAUUUUUCCCUUGUUGUCUUUAAUAGUUCUAUUGAUGUAUGCUCGAAUACUGUAACUAUAAACUAAACUGGCCCAUCCAACAUGACACAACAGUUUUUUGCUGAGGAUUAAAGAUGUCAGUUCAUGUUUUCAUUUUGUUACUCUUGUGCUUUAUUGUGUGUUGAUGUUGAGACACAAAUAUACUUGUCAUGUAUAAAAACAACAGAAUAUUUCAGUUUUAUUUAUCUCUACUACUCUGUCUACUAUUUACUGUACUAUUAAAAAUAGCUUAACUUAAACUUCCCAAAAUAUUAUUUUAACAUGGUAAGUGUCCUUUCAUAUGACUUGUACUAUACUACUUCAUUUAAUAUUGUACAUAUAUUUUUCCUUAUUUUAUUUUUCUGUAGUAUUAUAUAUCUAGAUUUAUUUGUAAAAAAAAAAUAGUCCUGUGUACAGAAUUUAAAGGAAAAAAAAGACUAGAAUCUGCAGAACAAUGGAAUGUGGCACAAUAUUUUCUCUCCAUUUUUGACUGUCAGCAUCAGGAAAGUCAUGAUAUUUUCUAUCAGUUUGUAUCUCCAAAAGGUUUGUUGAACCAUUCUGAUAACUGCAACAAAGUUGAUUCAGUUGCCAUUGAUUGUGAGCCUUUACCCAACUUAAGUGGUGUAUAUCUAUAUAGAAUGAAUAAAGAGUCUAUGUGGAUUUAUAUUUU